UUUGUUGUUGUUGGUAGUAUUUAAUUUUAAUCCAGGUUUAGUUUUAUCGUAAAGCACCGCGUUCAACCGACCGCGAAUGAUUCGUGGUUCUGAACUCGAGAGCACGACGAAAAGUCGUCUGGUCGGUGAGGAAGAGGAGGAGAGAGUAGAGCGAAGGAAGGAAGACGAAGGAAAAGCAGCUGUGGAUGUGAAGGUGAAGAGGAGAUGAUAAACAAACACUUGGACGUUCUUGCUUGAUUAAGUCACAGACACAGUGCUGCACGUCGCGUCGACUUGCUUCCAAACAACAACAACAACAACAACACAAGUUGCUGCGAACUUUGAGAAGUGUUCAGCGGAGGAGGCCACCGGGACGCCGUCAUGGAGAUCCUGGACUCGAGUGAAGGCUUCCUGCACUGGGACCGCAACCUCAGCGAGCUGUCCGAUGCCGGAGACAUGGACUGCGCCCUCUACACCAACCACUUUUCGGAGUUCCUGGACGACCUCUCGCACGACCUUUCGCACGACGCUCUGCUGGGCCAGCUACUGAGCGACCCCUUCCUGUCGGGGGUUCGAGGCGGCGCCGGACGGCUGGGUGGCGACGACGAGGAAGGGGAAGAGGGCGGCGACCUGUGCAUGUCGUCGCCGCCGCCGCACAUCGCCGCCGAGCACAGCUACUCGCUGUGCGGAGACAGCAGGCCGCAGUCGCCGCUUUCGCACCUGACCGGGGAGCGCGGCAGCGACGCAGAAUCCGAAGGAGACUCGUCCGAGUGGCCCAUGGAGCAGGACGAGCCCAUGGAGGGUCUCCUGUGCGACGCCCCGUCCCUCUUGCCCGCCCUCGCCCUCGCCCCGGGGUCCGCCUCGGGGCCCCAAGCCCCCGAGGACCCCGUCGUCGCCGCCGGCCCGGCUCAGACCCCCGUCGGCGGCCGCAACCAAGACAAAAGCAUCAAGGUCAAGGAGGAGAAGGUCUUCCCGCAGAUUAAACUGGAGCCUCAUGAAGUGGAUCAGUUUCUCAAUCUGUCCCCCAAAGGUCUGGAGGCUCUGCAGAUGCCCCCCACGCCGCCCAGCUCGCACGGCAGCGAUUCGGAGGGCAGCCAGAGUCCCGUGCGCGCCGCUCUGGGCCUGUCCCGCCCCACCUCCCCCUCCAGCCCUGCUCCGGCCCAGCCUGGUCUGAAGGCGUCCACCCGCGGGAGCUCGACCUCCUCCUCCUCCUCGCUGUCCAACUCGCCUCUGCUCACCGCCCCCCACAAACUUCAGGGCUCGGGACCACUGAUGCUGACGGAGGAAGAGCGCCGCACGCUGGUGGCUGAAGGGUACCCGGUUCCCACCAAGCUGCCGCUCACCAAGGCCGAGGAGAAGGCGCUCAAGAAGAUCCGCAGGAAGAUCAAAAAUAAGAUUUCUGCUCAGGAGAGUCGCAGGAAAAAGAAAGAGUACAUGGACACGUUGGAGAAGAAAGUGGAGACAUGCUCCAACGAAAACAACGACCUCCGCAGGAAAGUGGACACACUGGAGUGCGCCAACAAGUCCCUGCUACAGCAGCUGCAGGCGCUGCAGGCCUUGCUGUCCGGCAAAGUGUCCAAGUCUUGCCGGGUGGCGGGUACGCAGACGUCAUCCUGCCUAAUGGUGCUGGUGUUGUGUUUCGCUCUCUUUUUGGGAAGUUUCUACCCCGCCGGCCUCACCUCCGGCUCCGGCGUGGCCGACGGCGGCCUGGCGUCCAAGCAGCCGCCGGUCAAAGAGUCGUACGCCGCCACAGUCAAGUCCAGAAGUCUGUUGUCCACCUUCGAGGACGAGCCGCCGCACCCGCGGGGCCUGGGUGGCGAGUACCCCGACCAAUGGGAGGACGCGGCUUCCGCCGUCGUCAUGGCGGCGUGGCGGCGUUCGGGCGAGCAGCAGAAAACAUCGGCGGGGGCGGACGAGACCGGCCGCGCGGAGACGCGUCCGCCGUUCAGGAAUAGAAGCAACAAAACCAGCACGUCAGACAACAUGCGCAGGCCUCUGGAGCAGAGGGCGAAAAGCAUCGCGUUGGAGCGGAGCGUCAACGAGACCUCCUGAGGUUCCCCUGCCCACACACCCCGAAAACUUCCCGGCUUCAGUGUUCCCACUGCUGAGUUGGCUCUUUUCAGAAAGCUCAUGUUAGAAGUAAAUCUGCACUGAACAGUUGUGUGAGAGUUGUUUUGGUUCAUCAGCAGCAUCAUCAUCUUCCUGCAAAUUCCCUCUAAUGGUGAGUAAUGUAGCAUCUGUGGACAAAAAGAGAAGAGGACAUCAGCUAUAAUAUAUUUAUAGAUUUUCUUUUGUUUCCCUCCAAAGGUUAUUGCUCUUUUUUUAAUGUUUGAUGUUUUUAUUCCAUUCCAGUUUUGUACAUGUACAUACUUUUUGAUACAUGUCUCUUUUUUUUUUUUUUUUUUUUUUUUUUCUCUCCAUUAUUUGUUACUCUUUUAUAUAUUGUUUCCUAAUGUGCCUUAUAGCAUUUCCUGCACUGAUUUGACAGAGAAUAUUUGUAAAUGUUGACAAAGUACAUCAAACCCAGAAAAGGGAUGCAAGCUGUCUAUAGUAAGCAUUUGUCAGUUUAGCAAGAUUAGGACAGGUUUAUUACCCGUAAAAGAAUUUGGUACCUUGUUGCCUCCUCGUGCUACGUUAAGUUAUGGUGACGACAUGGCGGUUGGGUGUAUCUUCUUCCUCAAACCGAGACAAGAAAGCUCGAGAGAAACGUUAGUGGCGUCCAUUGAAAACUCAAUUUCAUUGAUGCCUGUUUUUCUUCUUUUGGCUUUGCACACUUUCACACAAUCUUUCAGCAUUUGCCAAACCAAAAAAAAUAACUUUUAAUAUCUAUUUUUGCAAAUAAGACUUGUUAAUAAGUGACAAAUGCCUCAUCCUCGCCGUUUGGUCUUGGCAAACCACCGGUUAACCGGUUUUACGAACGUAUUACAACCUAAAAGAUGUCAAAUAUUGAUGUCGAGACAGAGAGAUUGACAGGAAAACAAACUUGUCGUGACUGAAACGAGCAGCCAGUGGAGAGUGGUCUCCCUCAUGUUGAUUUACUUUUUUUGCUUGCAUAAUAAAGUAUUUUCCUGAGUAAAAGCAUCAA